AUGGCUCGCGUCCUCACCCUGCUCGCCCUCCUCGUGGGCCUGCUCAGCCCCCUGUUCUACUUCCUCGACGGCCACCUCGAGUCCUUCUACAUCUUCCACCCAGACCACCUGCACGAUCUCGCCCGCCGCGGCAUCGCGGCCCACGGCAACGAUACGCGCUCCGUCGUCAAAUACAUUGUCGACGAGCUGCACACCCAGCCCAGCACCGCGGCCCAUGUGAAUCUGGACGAGGAAUGGGUCUUUAACAACGCCGGCGGUGCCAUGGGCGCCAUGUACAUCAUCCACGCGAGCGUCACCGAGUACCUCAUCAUCUUCGGCACCGCCGUAGGAACAGAAGGCCACACAGGCCGCCACACAGCCGACGACUACUUCCACAUCCUCUCAGGCGAGCAGCUCGCCUACGUCCCCGGCGAGUACGAGCCCGAAGUCUACCCCCAGGGCAGCGUACACCACCUUGUCCGCGGCACCGCCAAGCAGUACCGCAUGCCCGAGGGCUGCUUUGCCCUCGAGUACGCCCGCGGCUGGAUCCCUCCCAUGCUCUUCUUCGGCUUUGCCGACGGCCUGAGCAGCACUCUCGACUUCCCCACCCUGUGGCGCACCACCUGGGUCACCGGCCGCGAGAUGCUCGGGAACCUGGCCAUCGGGAAGUUCUAA